GAAGGAGCAAAUGGAAAACAAAAAACAAUUGGUAAAAUUUUAUUUGAUCAAAAGUUGAAGACUUUAUCAUGAAACAAACACACCAAAACACUAAAUCAAUUGGAACCAUUUUUUCUAUAUGGCUAAAGCCUUUGCCACAAUCUAACCAUAAUUUUACAAACUCUCAUAGCUAUGCCAAUGAACCAUGGCCAAAGCCAACAAUCCACAAGGUGGUAUAAGCUAUGCUUUAUGCCCCCGAGUGAUGAUAGUUCAGAUGAUUCUGACACCGAAUCUGUAGUCAUAGCUCCAAGUACUUCAACUCAAACUAGUACAUGGCAAGAACCUUCUCCACCACAUUCACCACUACAUCCAGAACCUGAUAUCAACUGGCUUACUCUUCCACCGCCACCACCUCCGCCUUUUUUCACACCACUAUCGCCACCACAAAGGUCUUCACAAAUGCCAUCACUAUCACCACCACCAAAUCCAGAACUUCAACUCAACUGGGAGAGGUAUUUUCCACCAGCGCCUCCUCCUCUUAGUUUGCUUAGACAACUGGAGGAUGCAAACUCAGAACCUCGAAUUAACAUGCAAUCUUUACAACCACCACCGCCUCCUCCUCUGCCACCACUACCACAGGAUUCAAGGGACACUGUAUAUCGCUUUACUGAUAAUGUUUCCCCUUCCUUGAUCGAGCAAGUUCGACCUGGUGUCAAUCAAAGUGAGUUCCUUCGAAUUCCAGAUAGUGUCAUCAAUGCAAUUCACAUGGUGACAAUCUCAGAGUUGCAUGAAAGAGAUGAACUCUCACAGUGUCCUAUUUGCAUGGAGGAGUUUAAACUGGGCGAUCAGGCAUGUCAGCUACCCUGCAACCAUAGGUACAAGUUUGAAUGUAUUCUUCGCUGGCUUCACAACAACACAACAUGUCCUGUUUGCAGACUUCAGUUAGAGGGUUUUACAGGAAAAGGUUGUUCUUAUAACAUAAAUGAUGACGGUGACAGUGAUGAUGGUGGUGAUAAUGAUAGUUUAGACCUUGAAGCUCAAAUUCCACCACAAGUAAAUAUUAGUUUGGAAGACCUUUUUCAAUUUUCACCACAUUCACAAGUUACAGUAGAUGGUGCAGAUCACAACUCUGAUGAAGGUGACUAUGACAGUGCAUGUGAUGAUUUAGAUGAUGCCCAUGAAGAUGGAGAAUGAUUUGGUAAUAACAUUCAAGUAGUCAUUAUUCACAUACUUAACUAUUUGAGUUGUAAAUUGAUGCCUAUAAUGAAUGUAUGGAAUGGUGAAUUGUAUUUUGCAAUUUGGGUUGAUUGUUAAUUUGCAUGCUGAGUAUCUAUAAUUGAUUCUAGUGGUUU